AUGGAUACGUCAAUGGAAGAUUUGUUUUCCGAUUUUGAUAAAUCUACUGUUUUAGUUGAGACAGCAGAUACAAAGAAAAAUAAUACAGAAAAGCAUGACUUAAUGGUACUUGCUACUGAGACAAUAGGCAAUGAAACUAUACGUAUUGAAGGUGUUCACCAAGCUUCUACUCAAAGUCUAUGCUUAACCAUUGAAUUACAUGAAAACUCUUUGUUGUCUAGUUGCAUUAAUUUGGAAAUUCCAUACCAGUAUCCCUCAUCGAGCACAAAUUUGUCGGAGACGAAGAAUAUACCAGUUCAUAUCUGUACUCUUUGUGAUAAAAAUCACUUUAUGAAUAUAAUUACUUAUCCACAACAUCAAACUUCGACAGUAUUUGCUGAUUUAUCCUUCACAUCGUCAUCAUCCUCAUCAAUAUUCCCUGUUCUAAACGUUUUAUUAAUAUUCUUUGUGAUAUUAAAAAUGAAGAUAUUAGAUGCGAUCCUCAUCUGGUUCGAUUAUGUAGCCUUCCAAAUGGACUAG